AUACGCAUAACUUUUGAAUCGCUGGAUUUCUAAAGAUAAAAAUUGCAUUUUCAGAUUCUACGCAUUGAAAACUACUAAAUAGCAAUAGUUUUAUUCCCAUUAAAACGAAGUUCAGUCAGAAAAUAUUUUGUAAGUGGAAAUUUUAGAUGGUUUUAGGAUAACAUAAGUCACAUAUAUAUAUUUCAGCAAAAAGCGGGAAAUUGUUGCAAUAAUAUUUAAUAUUCUUUAGACUUUAGAUUGAUUAGAUGAAAGUAAUAGUGUCAUAUGAAAGCUUAAUGUUUAUUUUAUAUUUUUAUUUAUUGUUAAUUUUAUGAUAUUAUCAAUAUUUCGAAUCUGAAAGAAAUAUUUUCCGUAAGUUAUAAUGUAUAUAAAUGUAAUAUAAUCAUCUGUAAUUAUGCCUGGUGAAAAAUUAAUAAAUGCGGUACGAAGUACAUUUUCGUUAUACGGACUUGUACUUUCAAGGAAACUUAGCCUUUCACUUGCUAAGGAACUUCUAAAUGUAGAAGAAAAUGAACGUGAAAUGUGGCUGAUGCAAGUAAUAGAGCAAGUUUUAGCUCAAAAUUUAAGUGAUACACAGAUAACCAUUGAAAAUUUGAAGCUAGCAAUAGAAGAAUGUAUAAAACCCAAUGCAUUAAAGGAUACAGAAACAAUACUAAAUGUUAUAGAUGUAUUUGAUAUACCUAGAAUCAAAUAUGAGUUGUCUGAGAACAAAUUUGUUUUGGACACUGUAAUACCAAAUUUGGUUGCCGAAGCACAAUAUAAAUCCAUACUUUUUAAAGAUAGAUUUGAGUUGCUUUGGUACAGAACUAUGAGACAUGAAUUAUUUACUCCUCCAAUGCCUGGUGAAAGAAGGAAAGAUUGGAUUGAAUUAGUACCAAUUGAACAUCUGUUGAGUGGAAGUAAAGAAGGAAAUGUUUAUGUUAUGGGUCUUCUCUCUCAAUUAGUAGAAGGUCAAUAUUAUUUGGAAGACACAGGAGGUACAAUAAAAGUUGAUUUACAAAAAGCAAGAUUUCAGGAUGGUUUGAUCAUGGAAUGCUCUAUAGUAAUAGCUAAUGGAGAUUUCAAGGACGGUAUUUUACAUGUGAAAAAUUUAGGUUUUCCACCAGCAGAAUCAUCUAGUAAUGCACGUGUAGAUUUCGGUAAUACUAACACAUUUGGUGGUUUGAGCAAGUUUUCUUUAAAACUUUCUGAAAAACUAAAAACUUAUGAAGAAAGUAACAAAGAUGGAAUGAUUGUUUUUGUAUCUGAAAUGUGGUUGGAUGAUAAAACUGUUUUACGCAAAUUUAAAAUUAUGUUGGAAGGAUAUUCUGAAUAUCCACCUAUAGCUUUUGUAUUAUGUGGACAUUUUUUAAGUUUUCCUGCAAAACCGUCAAGCAGGCAAAAAUUGAUAGAGGGAUUAAAAAAUCUUGCUGAUAUAAUAAUACAAUAUCCAGAUAUAAACCAAACUUCCAAAUUUAUUUUUGUACCUGCAACAGAUGAUAUUGGAUCACCAAAAAUUUUGCCAAAAUUGCCACUGCCCAAAAAUCUUACAAAAGAUUUUAGAAAAAAUAUACCUGGAGCAAUAUUUGCUACUAAUCCAUGUAGAAUUCAGUAUUGUACGAAAGAAAUUGUGGUACUAAGGGGAGAUAUUUUAACGAAAAUGUGCAGGAAUACUCUUUACUUUCCAUUUCAAGGGAAUAUCCACGAUCAUUAUGCAAAAUCAAUUAUCUCUCAAUCUCAUUUGACUCCUUUAAGUCUCCCAAUGUUACCUAUAUAUUGGAAAUACAACCAUGCAUUACAAAUAUAUCCUACUCCGGAUCUCAUUGUAACUGCAGACGGAUUUGAAGCAUAUGAAACCACCUAUUCUAAUUGUCAUAUAAUCAAUCCAGGAUCAUUUUCAAAAAACGACCAUUCCUUCAAAGUAUACGUUCCAGCGCUAAAUUUAGUUGAACAUUGUGCUAUUCCCAAAGAUAUGGAUGGUGUUUAACAACAAAUUAUUAUUAACGUUUGAAAAUAAAUAAAGUAUUAACAAGUAAAAUAUUUUUGUAAAUUCAAUAAUAA